GCGCGCAAUAGCGCUUGCGCGAAGCCCGGGCGUCUAAGCUGCUGGAGUGGAAGAGGCUGGGCGACUUCCAAGCCGUUGGAACCGGCCGUCCCUGGCUUGGCGAGGAAUUUCUAGGGGGCAGUGCUAAAUAUGGAUGGUGUGUUCUUCACAGAGGCUAAAGCCAAUUCUGUCUUAAAAAGAUAUCCACGGGCUAAUGGACUUUGGGAAGAGCUUAAGCAAGGAAACAUUGAACGCGAAUGCUUUGAGGAACGUUGUAAUAAAGAAGAGGCAAGAGAAGCUUUUGAAAAUGAUGAGAAGACGAUGGAGUUUUGGAAAGAGUACACAAAUGGACGUCAUGGAGAAAGUACCACAGUACAUAACUGGUACCCAUUUUACCUUGUGUUUCCAUUAAUUAUUGGCCUUUUCAUUGUCAUUCUUAUCGUAUUUGUCACAUGGAGAUGCCUGUUCAAAAAGAAAAUGCGUAGACGUUCCAUGUAUGCUCGGAACAGAAACAGAGAAGCUACAGGUGAUCGCAACAUUGCUGAUGGUAGAAGACCCCUUCCUCAGCCUCUCAGCAUCCUUCAUUCCCCACAAGAAGAAAUGUUUGAAGGCAAUGGACAAUCUCCAGGUUAUCUGAGCUACACAGACGGGCAUGCAGACUCCAUAUCAAUAAGGCUGUCAAGCUGUGACCCACCACCGUCAUAUGAAGAAGUUGCUGGUGAAAGUAGCAUGAGAAGAAACGAAACUACAAAUCACUUGGAUCCACCUCCUCAAUAUGAAGACAUUGUGAAUAGCAUUUCAGUACCUCCUGUUAUCACCAAAUGAAGCAGGAAAAAUACUAACUCCUUUCCUAAGAGGGGUGUGUGGGGACUCUAAGACUUUUUAGCACUUUACUGCAGCUUGAUGUUUAUACAUUUCAAACAUUCUGACCGUAUUACACCACUUCCUCUUCCUCUAUCCAAAAUUUGGUUUGCUCUGUGAAACAUUCGCCAGUAUGGUUGUGCAUACCUCCAGAGAUGCCAUUUCAGUCAGUUGGUGGGAUUAUUGCUGAAAGUGGUUUUGUGGUACACAUAAAGGGAUCAAUAAUAACAAAGUUACAGAAAGGGAUUUAUGCCAAAAAGGGUAAAAAAAUAUAUUCAGAUUCUCAUUUUCAGCUGGGAUAUUUUUUGGGGGGUGAGGUGGGAUUGUUUUUUGGCUUGUUGUGCAUUAAAAGCCAUACAGAACAGAAACAAGCAGUUAAACUGGCACCAGUAGUGAUACUCAUAUCUUUGCCAAACAGAGCAAGUUGCAGUGAGUAAGGCUGAAACCUUUUGACUCACGAAACUCAUUGUUGUAGUGAGAAAUGGAAUAUAUUGGUGAUCAGCUGUAAGUUCAGCCAAGAAAGAAAGCAAAUUCUGCUCCUAGGGAAAAUGAAACGAUUUUCUGACAAUGGGACCUGGAAACACAUACUCAUAGUCAAAAUUAAUUUUGUUCUUGUCUUCAGAAUUCUGCCCAUGUGCCAGAAUAAAAAACUAUAGUUUGGCAUUAGAAUGCAUGGGAAGGGAGCAAUUUGUGAUAGACACAUGAUAAAAAUUAGUGCUGCAUAAAGGAUCCUAUGGAUUUAUUUAUUUAUUUUGGUAUACUUAAUGAGUAUGCAGUUAUCAAGUGGUUUUCCAAGUUAAAAAAAAUCCUUGCUUUUCUGAGAGAAAUGUUUCUACUUGGUAGCCCCAGUGUGCUACUUAUCUGAUGACAGACGGGAGUGUACCGAUAUUUGAUUGCUUCUCAGCAACUUGUACCAAUUUAUAUUUGUUUCUUGCAUUGCAGGUUAUGAAAUGGCCUACUGUUCUGGGUUACAAUAGUAAUUUCUGAUAGUGUGGGCAUUUUUUACUUCAACAAAGAGCUUCUGUUAAAGCUGGCUAUUCUCAGUAUUUAUGCAUGCUGGCUUUCAAAAGCAGAUAAGAGGCCUACAUGUAUGGCAAGAAACGUACAAGUGAGUUUUUCAGCGAUUGUUGAUUGGUAUCAGAGCUUGUUCCUGGGUUAGUGAUGCUUGUUCCUAUUAAACAAACGUUUGCUUCAGGGGUUGGCAACUGAUAAAACCUGAGCUAUAAAGUGUGUUGAGAAGCCCCUGCUAAAGCUUUUAUUUUGUAGGAACAGCAGUUUAUGCCUGAGAUUCUAAGAAGGAAGGUAAUGAGAGAAAUGGGGGGGGGGGCUUCUGCCUGUGUGUACUUUUCUCUCUCAAAACCAGUAGCUCUGAGCCACUCUUGAUCAGGCUGAAGGGAAGACAAUGCUGAAACAGUGUGUGAAGGUAAGGAGAGGAAGAAACCCAAAUCUUGUGCUCAUACUUAUUCCUUUCCUCUCCAUAUCCUAAGCCAUUUGUCUGGUCUGCUAGACAAGAUUAACGAGGAGUCAGGUGUGGCUUCCCGUACAUCUAAUAGUUAAGGGCACCACAUUUUUCUAAAUUGAAACUGGAUUCACACCAGAGUGCUGAUUUCACUGAAUAAUCUCUUCUGAGGGCAGAUCGUUUCCAUGUGUAUCUGCAGUGGGUGUGGGUGUGAUUUGAAUCAUUCAAACAAAUAUACACAGAGAUACCACUGUGGAUAAGAGUGGCUUAACGAUCCAUGUCUCACACCCAGUGCAGAAACCCUUGAGAACUACCUGCCUCCAGAGGAGGCUGCUUGGCAAGGAGGUGGGCCAACGUUUAAUAAUUUUUUGCUCACAGCACACUAGUGAUCCCUUUAAGGCCCUGACAUACAGUUUGGGAAUGACUGGUCUAUGUAUUGUUUAAGUUUAAACUGUGUAGGCACCCUUAAUUUGUAUGAAAUAUAUUAUAUGAAUGGGAGGAAAACUUAAAUAUUCUCAAAUUAGUUUAGAAGCUAGUUCUAAAUUGUUGGGUUUUAGUGAAGCAGCAUAAAUACCAAUCCAAGUAUCUAGACUGUUGCGUUGUUGUGGCACUAUUGAAGUUGUAUAUUGUUUCAGUGACACUCUGUUGGUACAUUCUUAUGGAGAAAUCAUUUCUCAGACAUUGGAGGGGGUGGUGGUGGUGGUAAGGGAAUAUGUUUGUUCUCUCUGUGGAGAUUCAAGAUAACAGCUUAACUUAAGCUCUGAAAAUGUUUGUUCUGUUGGUUCAGUCGAAUGUCUUCUUCCUCUGACGCUCAGUGAAGCUGUUACAAUAUAGAACAGGUUUUGGGUUUGCUGUGUGACUCACUUAAGCUAUCGUGUUGGGGUGGGGGUUGUCUUGAGUUCUGGAGGGCACUGAUUACGGUGAGAUUAGAACCAGGUGAUAGUCAUUCCAAGCGUAUUAAAAAAAUGUGAUGUUAGAUUGCCGACCCUUGUGCACAUUCCCCACUAUCCACUUCCCUUCUCUGCCUUCUUUCUUGCAACCCUUGUGUGUUCUUGUUUGUCUCCAACAUGUUUUCCUGUUAGUUGGGCCUAGGGAUUCUAGUCAAUAUUAGUAAUCAUGCAUCCAAUACCCAGGAGCACCCUUUUGAGUCCGUUUGUAUUUUAUGUAGUGCUGCUGUAGCGCAAGGGGGCAAUAUUUUUACUUUUCAUCUUCAGGUAUCCGAGUAGGUAAGGCCAGCCCUGCCUCCUAAUUUAUCAGAGUCAUGGUCAUGCAUCAGUUCUUCCCUGACCCCAUAAUAAACUCUGAAAUCAUUAUAAACAUAGGCAACAGAGCCAGUUCAGUAAGCUGGGUGGAAGUGGUGUACUUAACUCUUUUUGGCAAAGCAUAUAGUACUUGUAUUCUCUAGCAAGGAACUUCACUUUGCUUAUGUGGGUUGUAAGUUAGUACACUCCGAUUAAAAAGUCUCCUAAACCUUGUUCCAAAAGGCUCAUUUUAACAUCUUGUCUGUCUUAGAUAAACGCAAUGAGAGUGUGCACAUCAUGAUGUAAGUUGAUGACUUUCAGGCCACACUCUUCUAUGCAUAUGGGUGGUCUUAAUAUGAAUUCUCUAGAUGCUGAUAUUUCUAUUUUAACACAAAACGCCUGAAUGCACAGCCAGAUUUAGUUUGUUCAUCUGCCAAAGUGCCU